AUGAAUAUCAAUAAUCAAAUCAAUUUUUACUUUGCCAAUCGUUAAUAUACUCUAAUCUGGUAAGAUCUCGAUCCUAAAAUCAUAAAUGAAGUAAUCUUCUUUGUUUUUAAUGAAAUCUCAUCCAAAAAUAAACUAAAUAACUUAACAUUCACUGAUACCAAUACAUAACCAAUCUAAAACUCACUUCCACAUUUUAUUCAAUCAUAACAUAUCUUUAUCAAUACAUUAAAUUCUAAUAACACAUCUCUUAUAAAUAAGGAAUAAGAAUGGGAAUUUUAGAAUCUCUAUCAAAUACAUCAAAAUCAACUUAUUAUUCAAAAGUAUAAGAAGCUGUAAAAAAUGGAAACUGUUAAUUAUUAGAUGUAAACUAUCUUUAAUCUUAAUUAACAAUAUCGAGAGACUAGUCAAAAUAUUAAAGAUAAUACCAAUAUGAUUAAUUAAAAAUAAAGUAUAGAAAGAAGUGCAAGUACUUAUCCAAUCACUAAAAUAUAAUCAACUAAUAAUCAAAUAAUACAUAAAAGAUUAGCUGAAUUAAAAUCUUACACAAUAGAAGAAGUAUUAUUAUUUUUUAUUUAAUUUAAAGGUUCAAUUACAUAAUACUUAUAAAGAUGCAUGGAUUGUGUUACAAGAUAAUAUUUAUGAUAUAUCUUAUUAUAUUGACAAACAUCCUGGUGGUAGAGAAUAGAUUUUAAGAGGAGUAGGAAGAGAUGCUACUUUCUUAUUUCUCUAACAUCAUCCUUGGAUUAAUUUUCAUUAUAUUCUUGAAAAGUUUUAAGUAGGAUAUUUAAUAAAAUGA